UGAAGCAGGGGUGUAGUCCUGCAGGAUGCACAGAGGAUGAAACCCCAGCUUGGCCAGAGUCUUAUUUUUAUUUCCUCUCAAAAGUUGGCUGCACUGCUGUGGCCAAGAAAGGAAUGCUUAAUCUCCUUUCCCUGGAGUGUAAGCAGGACAUAAUGCCAGAGCAAACUUGAUCUUGUCUUCUGUGUUAGCUCUCUUACAAGCUGUCUUAUCACUUGAAUAGUCACAUUGUAAAAAAUGUACUUUUAAAAGACUUAUUUGCCGGGUUUGCAGCUCUUGUUCACUCCCACAUGUGUAUUAUUACCAUGUGCACUUGCCCAGUGUGCUCACACUAAUUGGAAUGCAGCUGAUUUUGGCCUGAGUGUGCUGAGAGAGCUCUCAGCAGUUAAAGAAAUGUUAUAAUUGUGUAGCCAGAAAGAGUUUGGAAGAUUUUCCACCCAGAUGCUGAUUAACCCAUGAUGCAAACGAGCAAGAAGAGUCAUUGAACAAUGGGACAAUAGCAAAAAGAAAAGGAACUGGAGAUCAAGAAAAGAAAGAAGCAUGUAGAUUUUACUAGACUCUUUCUCUUGCUCUGCUCUAUCUCAUUAGAUGUCAAAAGUUUCUUGUCAGAGUGGCACAACCAUAAAUUGUCAAAUCUGUAAUUCUAAUUUGAUAUGAUAUCUGUAGAAGAGCUGCUUGGCACGUCUGAAAAUCAUCCAAGCAUGCAAGAUCAAGGAACUAUGUGUCUGAAUCUGAAGUGUGCAAGCUGGAAUCUGUACCCUUGGAUUUUGGUGAUUACCAUCCACUGAAACCCAUUACAGUUACUGAAUCCAAGACAAAGAAGAUGAACAGGAAGGGAAGUACUUCUUCCACCUCCUCCUCUUCCUCCAGUUCCGUGAUGGACCCGCUGAGCAGCGUGUUGGACGGCACGGACCCCUUGUCCUUGUUUGCAGCAGCUGCAGAUCCUGUGACUGCUGCUCCUCCCACGGAUGGUGCCCGAAGGAAACGGGAUAAAGAUGAGAGCUCAGCAGUGGGAAGUGACUUUGAACCAUGGUCAAGCAAACGUGGUGAAAUCCUUGCUAGAUACACAACAACAGAGAAGCUUUCUAUUAAUCUGUACAUGGGAUCUGAAAAAGGAAAAGCCACAACUACUGGUUCAGCAGUUUCUGAAAAAGUGAGGACAAGGUUAGAAGAACUGGAUGAUCUGGAAGAGGGAUCACAGAAAGAGCUGUUGAAUUUGACUCAGCAGGAUUACAUGAACAGAAUUGAAGAGCUGAACCAGUCUUUAAAGGAUGCAUGGUCCUCUGAUCAGAAAGUAAAAGCUCUGAAAAUAGUCAUCCAGUGUUCUAAGCUUCUUUCAGACACAACAGUAAUCCAGUUUUAUCCAAGCAAAUUUGUUUUAAUUACAGAUAUCCUUGAUACUUUUGGCAAACUGGUGUAUGAAAGAAUUCUGUCAAUGUGUGUGGAUAACAGAGUCUCUCUGCCAGAUAACUUUUCUCCAGAGAGUGUUAACGAUACAGCUAAAGAAACUUGCUUAAACUGGUUUUUCAAGAUUGCUUCAAUCAGAGAACUCAUUCCCAGAUUUUACGUGGAAGCAGCAAUACUGAAGUGCAAUAAGUUCCUGUCCAAAACGGGCAUUUCGGAAUGUCUCCCACGGUUAACAGCUAUGAUUAGAGGAAUUGGAGAUCCACUGGUUGCAGUCUAUGCCAGAGCAUACCUCUGCAGGGUUGGGAUGGAAGUGGCACCACAACUCAAAGAAAGCCUGAAUAAAAACUUUUUUGACUUUCUCCUAACAUUCAAACAAAUCCAUGGGGAUACGGUUCAGAACCAGCUGGUGGUGCAAUGUGUGGAGAUCCCUUUGUAUUUGACCCUAUAUUCUCCUGCCAUAGACUGGAUUUUACAGUGUAUUGCAUACCAUGCUCCAGAUGUUCUGCUUACUGAGAUGAUGGAGAGAUGCAAAAAGCUGGGGAACAAUGCUUUGCUGCUGAAUUCAGUCAUGUCAGCGUUCAGAGCAGAGUUUAUUGCUGCAAGAUCAAUGGACUUCAUUGGCAUGAUUAAAGAGUGUGAUGAGUCUGGAUUCCCAAAGCAUCUCCUCUUUCGCUCCCUGGGAUUAAACUUGGCAUUGGCUGAUCCUCCUGAAAAUGAUCGCCUUCAAAUAUUAAACGAAGCCUGGAAGGUUAUAACAAAGCUGAAGAACCCACAGGAUUAUAUCAACUGUGCUGAAGUGUGGGUGGAGUAUACCUGCAGACAUUUUACGAAGCGAGAGGUCAAUACGGUUCUGGCUGAUGUUAUCAAACACAUGACUCCUGAUCGAGCAUUUGAAGAUGCUUACCCACAGCUGCAGUCAAUUAUUCAGAAAGUUAUUACCUAUAUCUAUGACUUUGCUCUGCUUUUUUCAGUGGAGAAAUUCUUGCCUUUUCUGGAUAUGUUCCAGAAGGAAAGUGUGAGAGUGGAGGUUUGCAAGUGCAUUAUGGAGUCUUUUAUUAAGCACCAGCAGGAGCCAACGAAGGAUCCUGUUAUACUCAACGCUCUCCUGCACGUCUGCAAGACCAUGCACGAUUCUGUGAAUGCACUAACACUUGAGGAUGAGAAAAGAAUGUUAGCAACUCUGAUAAAUGGAUUCAUAAAAAUGGUUUCAUUUGGCCGUGACUUUGAGCAGCAGCUGAGUUUCUAUGUUGAAGCCAGAUCAAUGUUUUGCAAUCUGGAGCCUGUUCUAGUCCAGCUGAUUCAUUCUGUGAAUCAGCUAGCAAUGGAAACCAGAAGGGUGAUGAAAGGAAAUCAUUCCAGAAAGACUGCUGCAUUUGUCAGGGCUUGUGUGGCCUUCUGCUUCAUUACAAUUCCAUCUCUGAGCAGUAUCUUCACACGUCUCAAUCUGUAUCUACACUCUGGACAGGUUGCUCUGGCAAAUCAGUGCCUUUCACAAGCUGAUGCUUUUUUCAAAGCUGCAGUGAGCCUUGUUCCUGAAGUGCCAAAAACGAUCAGUGUAGAUGGAAAGAUGCGACCUUCUGAUGCCUUCCUCCUGGAAUUCCUGUGUAAUUUCUUUUCCACAUUAUUAGUUGUUCCGGACCACCCAGAGCAAGGAGUGUUGUUCCUUGUGCGAGGAUUACUGAAUGUGAUCCAGGAUUACACCUGGGAGGAUAACAGUGAUGACAAAGUCAGGAUUUAUACUAAUGUUUUGCAUCUGCUGUCUGCAAUGACUCAAGAAGCAUUUAUCUACCAUGUAGAUAAAGUUGAUUCCAAUGAUACUCUGUAUGGUGGAGACUCCAAGUUCCUGGCUGAACUUAAUAAACUGAGUGAGACAGUGGUGUCACAGAUCCUGGAUCACCUGAAAACCCUGGGAAAGGAGGAGACCCUGAAGAGGCAGAGCCAGCUGGCACUCUAUUUCUUCAACACCAUCCUGGCUCAUGGGGACCUACGAAACAACAGACUGAACCAGCUUUCAGUCAAUCUCUGGAAUCUUGCUCAGAAGCAUGGCUUUGCUGACACCAAGACUAUGGUGAAAACCCUGGAAUACAUCAAGAGGAGGAGCAAGCAGCCUGAAAUGAGUCAUUUCACAGACUUGGCCCUCCGGCUUCCUCUGCAGUCCAGGACCUGAGGAGUGCCUCUUCCAAGGGGCCACCUGCACAAGGGAGCACGGAACCAAGGCCAGAAGUCACUGAUCUGCACUCUCACUGCAGGAGUGCAGUGUGUUGUUACUUUCCUUACUGAGGCACAUUUACUUGGGCACAGCAAAGGUAAAACUGUUCUGAGUGCAAUAAUUUAACCUGAGUUUCUGUAUCCAGUUUUACCAUAGCAUUGUUCUUUUAAAUGCUGAUUUACAUUCAGAAAACAGUUAUCUUGAACCUCAUGGCUGCAAAAGCCUUUUGAGAUCUGUUGUAAUUUUAACAAAAAAGGAAGAUAAUCUGUACAAAUGAGUUCACAGCCUUAAAACUUCAUCCCUCUUGCAGAAUACUCGUUCUCCUCUACAGAAAGCAGCAUUUCAGUGUAACAGACUAAGUUAUCUGUCUGCUUUGGGAUGCUGCCAGCAUUUGCCUGGCUGGUUCCAGUAGCAAAGAAAAAUGGCUGAGGUGUUGCUGUUCUAAUUUCUACAACACAUUUACACAGACAUGUUUAUGUUUUCAUUUUAGUCCAGUGGUGUUUUGUAAAAUAGAAGGAAUCUUUAAGUGUUGCAAAGGAAAAUGGAAAUUAUGCAAAGUCCUCUAUAUUUGCAAAGUACCUAUCACUGAAUAAAACAAUUUGCAGUUCAUCUGUGUGUUCUGGGGGAGUUUCUUUGUGUAUACAAAUCUAUCACCUUACCCUUCUGGAAUUUAGUUACAUUUACUGUUAUUAUUUCUAAUAAAAUUUCACUCUCACCCCUUUUGCCCCAUGGUAAGGAACCAUGGUGAGAUCUUCUAUCUAUUGCUACUUUUGUUUAGUGGUUGUUUUUUUUCUCCUUGCCAGGCAAGUAGCUGAGAGCUCAAAUUCAGCAUUUGUUUCAAACUAGAAGAGAAAACAGAACCUUAACUGCCUGAAUUUCAGUAAAACAAGAGCCAAAACCUGGAAGGGCUGGUGGAAGCUGGUGCUGAACACAGAGCAGUAGUGCAGAACAGCCUCAUGUUGUGGUAGUGAUGGUUUAAAUGAACUUUAAAGGAGAAGGUUUUCUCCAAGAAGUUUAGACCCUGCAGGAAGAGCAUCUCCCUCUUCCCAGAUACAGGAAUGGAUUCAUGGCAACCCCUU